UCUGUUGUAGGAAGUUGCUACAGGAUAUGUUGUGAUGAGCUGAAGCUAUGAUCUGUAAAAAAUAAUGAUUUUUAAGAUUCAUUUUUGACUUUUCAUUUCAUUUUUGAUUUUUGUCACUGUUUGUAAAGCACAUGAGUAAAUAAUAAAAAUGACGACUGAAUUCCAUAUAACUUAUUAAGUUUCAAGGUGCUGUAUUUUGCAUGCUGGUUCCUUAUGCCUUACUGGGACAUUUAAAUAACAAAACCACAGUUAAACGUGUGCUUCUCAUACUAUGACAAGUCAAGAUGUCUGCUGUGAUAAGGGCUAAAGCUAGAAACAUUUGUCUGAAUAGAAUAUCAGCCCUUCGUAGUUGUCAUCUUGCAAUCUAUUAUGAUCUCACUCCUGCUAGGCUUUUGAAGCUUGUUUUAUAUUGUCCAAAUAUAUACAUUUUUAUAUUAACUCACCUGCAUGUUUGUAAAGAACACUGACAAGUUCAAGUCUAGAAAUAAAAUGUGUUUAAAUACAUCACAUUCCAGACAAAUGCAAGUGGCAGCCAACACCGUGGGUCUUUGCUGGUGCAGUGUGAGGAGAAAAUUGGUCAUUGUGAGAAGGGUAUGCUGGAUCUGACCCUGGCUACAACCAGACAUGCAAGUGUGAAAUUCAUUUGAAAGGGUCGCACGGCUGAAGCUGCAAUAUAAAGUAAAGAUGCUCAUCUUUCAGCAACACACUAGUAAGAAUCAGAAACAGGUUCAUGAGAAUGAGAAAGUAUUGCAGAGUGGCAGGCAGGGGACUGCGCCCAGUCAUGGCGGACAGAAACAAGAUCGGACGAGCCACACAGCAGGAGAGGAAGAUGGCGGCAGUCUUUACUGCAGACUACGAAGGACUAUACUCGAUCCAUAGAAAAGCGGUGGGAGUAGUCUGCGAUUCAACACAACAAAACCAAGAACCACACAGUAAGGUAAACCAGCAGGUACAAAUGGAUCACAAAGACAAACUAUCAUGGCGACAUUCUGCUUUGUCCAGACCUUCUUGUGUCAAGGUGAUGAGAGGAACGCUUCCUUUGCUGCAGCCCGACGUGUUCAAUAAUCAUGCAAUGGAAUCUUCAGUAAAUGGAUGUACUGCUGGAGGAUGUGUGAGGCAGACAAUCAAACUUAAGGAGAUUUUUGGCAGUGGCAUAAGUAGAGGUCUGGAUCUAAUAGUUGCCCUGUGUGGGCUCUACAGGGACGUGGUUUAUGGAUGCUGGGACUAUGAGCAUAAGCGACAAAAGGGACUACUUAGCAGACCUGGGAGGCAGCUUCACUGAGGACGCUCCGAGACCUCCAGUCCCAGGGGAAGAAGGGGAGCUGGUGUGCAGUGAUGGACGCCAGUACAGCAACAUCAGCUUCUCCUCAAAGAACGAGAGCCUCAAAUGUGAGGCGUCUGUGGCUACACCCAGGCGGCCUGACUUGGACUUGGGUUACGAGCCGGAGGGAAGCGCUUCCCCUACACCACCCUACUUGAAGUGGGCAGAAUCUCUUCACUCCCUCCUGGAUGACCAAGAUGGCAUCCUUCUGUUUAGGACGUUCCUCAAGCAGGAGGAGUGUGCAGACAUGUUGGACUUUUGGUUUGCAUGCAGCGGCUUCCGCAAACUUGAAGCUAAUAACGAGGAGAAGAAGGUCAAACUUGCGAAAGCUAUAUAUAAGAAAUACAUCCUGGACAACAAUGGGAUUGUUUCCCGACAGAUUAAACCAGCUACAAAGUCCUUCAUCAAAGACUGUGUCAUGAAGCUUCACAUUGAUCCUGCAAUGUUUGACCAGGCUCAGACUGAGAUACAGACUAUGAUGGAGGAAAACACCUAUCCCUUAUUUCUUAAGUCUGACAUAUAUUUGGAAUAUACCCGGACAGGAGGAGAGAGUCCUAAGCUGUACAGCGAUCAGAGCUCUGUUUCUGGGAAUGGAAAGGGGCUCUCGGGUUAUUUACCCACUUUGAAUGAAGAUGAGGAAUGGAGAUGUGACCAGGAACCAGAGGAGCAGCCCGAGUGUGACCCCACACCGAGCAACCGGCUUACUCAGAAGCUACUGAUGGAGACGGCAACGCAGCGUGUUGCCAACAGCGCCAGAUUCCAGGACAGUCACGAGUACAGGCACGCACCAUGUCGGGAGCCCAUCAACCCGUACUAUGUCAACAUCGGUUAUGCUAUGGCUCCUGCCACCAGUGCCAACGACAGUGAGCAGCAGAGCAUGUCCAGCGACGCAGAAACCAUUUCCCUUACCGACAGCAGUGUAGAUGGGGUUCCACCCUACAGAUACCGCAAACAGCAUCGCCGGGAGAUGCACGAAAGUGCCAAAGCAAAUGGGCGAGUGCCACUACCUCAUAUUCCACGCACAAACCGGAUUCCAAAGGAUAUACAUGUGGAGCCGGAAAGGUUUGCUGCAGAGCUGAUCAGCAGACUGGAGGGCGUACUGAGGGAGAGGGAGGCUCAAGAGAAGCUCGAGGAGAGACUGAAGAGAGUACGAUUGGAAGAGGAAGGUGAUGAAGUCAUAUCCGCAGCCACAGCAUUACCCAGUCACAGGUUCCCCCCUGGUGCUUAUCCGCAGAACUACAACUCGCGCUAUGCUGACAACACCUACAGUGGUCCUUUCCUGAGAGAUGCUCACGAGGAGAACCCAGAGAGCAUCCUGGACGACCACGUGCAGCGGGUCAUGAAGACUCCCGGCUGCCAGUCACCGGGCACAGGCCGCCACUCUCCCAAGUCACGCUCACCAGACGGCGUCUCUGGAGGCAAAGGGACGGGACUUGGAGUGGCCCAGGGUAAACAUCCAUCAAGGCACGGUUUAAAAGGAGACACCAGCCACCAGUACCACCACAAACAUGUGCACCACAUCCACCACCCAGGCGCUGGGAAGCCCAGAGAGCAAGUGGAGGCUGAGGCGGCCAUGCGGGUGCACGGCAGCUUACCCUGGAGCACGGAGACGGGUCACUAUGGAUCAAAGUCUCGCAGCUACGCAGAUGGGAUGGGAUCCAACCCGAUCGAGCAUACAGGGUACAGUAGCAAAGGUGGCACACAGUGUAAAAGAGCAUUCAAAAAAGGUGAGGAAGUGCGGCCUUAUGACAUGCCAGUGCCUGCAGAGGAGAUGGAGAAAAACCAGAAGAUCCUUUUGUGGCUGAUGGAAGGACAGAAAGAAAUUGUUCAGCAUAAGAGAAGCCCAUACGGGAGUACCACAGGGUCCAAGAGGACCUCAGGCCAUGAGGCCCAACUGCGGAACAACGUCCAGCCGUCUCACCCAUUCAUCCAGGAUCCCACCAUGCCCCCAAAUCCAGCUCCCAGCCCCCUCAUCCAGCUGGAGGAAGUGCGCCGGCGGCUUGAGGAGGAGAAGAUCAAGUCUGGAACUGUACAACCCAAGCAAAGGUAUGUGAUGGAGGUGAUCCAGAGGGGUCGCACCGCAGUCAGGCCUGCACUGUUCCCUCCGCUCAGCGUGGUGCCCGCCGUCUCUGACAGCGAGCUGUCCCAGCCCGAACACAAAGCCACUAAAAAGCAGCCGUGUGAAAACAUUACUGUGGCAUAUUACUUCUGUGAGGAGCUGAUACCGUACAGGACGUCUGUCAAAGGGAGAGUUGUCACACUGGGCCAGUUUAAAGAACUGCUAACAAAGAAAGGAAAUUACAGGUAUUAUUUCAAGAAGGUGAGCGAUGAGUUUGACUGUGGGGUGGUGUUUGAAGAGGUACGUGAAGAGGAUGCUAUCUUGCCUAUCUUUGAGGAGAAGAUUAUCGGGAAAGUUGAAAAAAUUGAUUGAAGAUCACGUUGAAGAAUAUGGAGUAAAAAGCCAGCGUGUGUUGGAGCGAGGAUGGUGAAGAGGAAGUGUUUUAGGAUUGGGAUUGGAGGAGAAAUGAAGGAAGUGAUAAGUGGAAGUGGAUCUAGAGUGGAAGAGCGAAGCAGAUGUCACAGUGGACAACUUGUGAGGACAACUUUGAGGUUCGGUAGCACCGCUGCAGUGAUGCUGUUGGACUAGAAGAAGAAGAAAAAAAGACCUCAUUCACUUCUUUGGAGUGUAAUGUAGCAUUGUAAAGUUUACUAGAUAAUGAAGAACAAAAGUGCUACUAAAGCUACAUAUUUUUGAUAUGAUGUAUCAGAGGGUGUCCUUUCUAAAGUAACCACACUUGUAAUUUUUAUAUGUAUUGGUACCAGAUGUGUACAGUUUGUGUUAAAAGAUAACAAAAUUUUAUAUCUAUUUAAGUAUUUAAAAUGCUCAUUUUCAAUCUUAUUGAAGCAGGAGUGUUGCCCCUGUUGAAGACGAUCAAAAUCCUUAUUAGGGCUGAUUUUUUGUUUGUUUUAUUCAUUGUAAGAGCCCUCUGGACUCUAAUGUUUGUGCUCUUCUUAUUGCUUUUAAUCGCUUAACUUAGUAGUUCUUUAUUUUUCUGGUUAUUUGGUGUAUAGUGCAUGUAAAUGUAGCCACUGGCUACAGUUUCUGCUGCAUUGUUUUUACCAGUUGAGGUUUAAAGAAAUUUGCCUAACAAAUUAAACAGUAGAUGCAAUAAUACUGUAAAAAAAAAAAAGACACGAUUGGAAAGCACAAGGUGGAUAUCUAUGCAAGUUGGUUCCCCGAUCCAAAAGAUAAAUUGAUUAAUUUAUUGUUUAUUAUUAAACAUCCAGUGUGUACGAUUUAGUGGACUCUAGUGGUGAGGUUUCAGAUUGCAACCAACUGAAUAGCCCUCCACAAGUGGAGGAAGUGGUAGCUUAUAUUGGUCAGCUGAUAUUGGCUGAUUUUGGCCUAUCAUAGACAUUUUGCCCCUUAUUUAUCAAACGAGCGUAGAAACGAGCGCAGAUCUUAGUGUAUAUUUCGUCUCACGACAGGGCUCACAUGUGAUUCAUCAAACGUUGGUAUCUUUCCAAUCAAAUCGUAAAAAUGAUCGGCUGUUGAUAAAUGUGGCAGCUGAAAACAAGCGUCAUUUAAAUACCACGAUGGCUCGCCCUGAGAGUAUACGACUCCGAAGGGGGCAUUACAGCCAAAAAAAGAGGAUUUUUUCCCCCCUAAAGUCAAAUACAAAUAACAGGAGUGAAAAAGACAUUUCAUAGAAAUACGUAGCGACGGAGGUUUAUGAAAUAAAAGUAGUUAUAUACUCAAGUUACUAAGUUUGGUGAAUUUUUUAAAUGUGGAACACAGCUUUUUGGUUGCAGCUAGCAGGUAAACAAUGUUUUAAAAUAAGUUUUAAUUCCAAAAGAAGAGGAAUUUCUCAGAGGCAGAAAGUGAAACGCUGACGUCCAACAACUGCAACACAACAAACUGGUUUUGUUUGGCAGGAAAAAAAAGUGAAAAUGAAGGAAAUCAGUGGUGCUGUCAGCAAUGUAGCAGUGGACAAUCAAACUCAUCAUUUAUACAUUGUGAUAUAUAAAGCCUAAUAGCAUAUAUGCAAAUAUUAUUAUUAUUAUGAUGGAGAGAUAUUAUUCACUUCUUUACAUUUAGCAAAAAUUCAGAGGAGCACGUGGCAGCACUGAUUGGGGAUGUGUCUAUUUGGUGAAGGAGACGCUGACGCUCCGGUGUCCAGCAGGAUAAUGAUAAGUAGUAGAAGACAAAAACAUUCAAUAGCCUCGGCUAGUAGCCUGUUUAAUAAUUUCAUGGUCGCAGGGUGUAUUUAUUUUUAAUGAGGGUUUAGUGAUAUAUUGUAUAGCCUAAACAUGCUUUGGUUUGUCACCAUUAUAAACCAAAACACCGCAGAAUUUUAUCAGCUCCAGGCAUCGAUACAAUAGUCUAAGAUCAAUUAUCCGACUCAGACGUGUGGACUUCACGCUGACUCAAAUUUGCGUACACGAACUGAGAGCAGACAUGAGAUCUGAUCGUACCCUCCGCUCACAUCCAAAUUGAUAAAUGCUGAGCCUUGUGUAGAAAUGAUUGUAUGUCCACUUUACUCUCACUUUCUGUCGUACGCUCGUUUGAUAAAUGAGGGCCAAUUUGCUGGACAGAUGCAUUAUUUCUUCCACCACCUAAGGAAGGCUGAAAAGUGACCAUAAACAGCACUUAUGUUUGGCACAACUUCUCAAAAGAUGGCAAUGUAGUUGACAGUGUUAAUACAUUGUAUGUUCAAUGUAUAAUAUUGUUAAAUAUCCUUAAAGAUAUUUGUUUAAGAAAGCAGUCUUCCGAGUACCUUUGCAUAGUCCUAUUGGUUCACAUAGGAGAACUAUUUUCAUCCCAACUCAAAAAUUUGCCAUAUCAACUACUAUGUCGGUAUUUCUGGGAAUAAUUUGCCCCUUGGGGGCGUCAGCCUUAAAAAUCCCAUAUUAAUCACUUCUAGUUAUGAAUAUUGUAUCACAAUUGUGCCAACAGAUUCCCCCCAGUCUUACACACUGGUCCUUUAACUCAGUAAAUUAGUUAGAAAAAUGCUUAAAACAAGUCUACACAUAAAAAAAUGAGGCUAUUAGAAGGAAAACCUAUUUGAAUAAAUGUCUCUUGAUUUAGUUUGUUUACAUGAUACUUCAGUUAAAUCUUCAGGCUGAAAUUUCAGCUUCGUCAAUCUUUCAAAAGAUAAUUUGACCUUUUCAACAAUAAUUGGUGCCAGAGCAAAUUUUGAAAAGCAGUUAUUCUGAGCAUGCCAUUUAGCUGAUUUGCUUUUAAUGUAUUUUCAGUUAAACACUGAAUGGCGCUGUUAAGGGUUCAGAUUCUAAAGUGAAGCUUUAGAGGUCAGUGUCAGAAUCUUUGCCGCCUGUUGACUCGCACACUCGAGGUCACGCUUGCAGUGCAGAGAGGCUCUUAUAGGCUGUUCACAGCAGCCAUAUCACAGCAUUUGAAUGAGAAGGCCAGUGAAUGUCAUCAGAAUACUAUCAAACGUUGUGUUUGUGGAAUGAAGGUCACAUAAAGGCAUAUUUAAUCAUAAUAUAAGUGCUCUAUUCUCUAUUAUUACAGUCAGUUUAGAGGAGGGCUAACACACUGAAUCGUUGUGUUGAUUAUGUUUUUUUUCUCCAGCCUCCAUGUCCGUACAUGGUCGUUUCUGUGAUCCUCGAGAUUUACCAUCUAUAACUUUUAAUCGGUUGAUCGAUCAGUUAAGAAGAGGCUGAUCUCUAAUCUGUAGCCUUCUCUAGCUUAUCACAGCUACAUCUUGUGCCUGGCAGGAAUGAAUUGUUUAGUGCGAACGAUCUACUUUUGAUAGAUCACGUUACACCAAAGAGAAGAAGUAGAUGCUAGGUUACUGUAGGCACGCUCUUGAAUUACCCUUCCACAUAUGUCAUUUUGUGGCAGCACUUAUUUUUCUGUACCCUUAUUGUUAAUUAUUUUAUUGAAGCUCUUGCAUGAAAGAUCAGAAUGUUCUCUUUGCGGUGGACAAGGCGUGUGUGACGACAGUACAAUCUUAUGAACAUCAGCUUUGAAAGCAUCACAUUCAUAUGGAACACUUUGUGAGGCUUGCAGCACACACACCUUGUUAUUUUUGCAACAUUGAAAAUAUCUCCGCCAAUUUUUAUUUCCUGUCCCCUCUAUUUGGCAGAGUAAGUGAAACUUUUUCACUGGAAAAGCACAGACUGAAAUUAAACUAAAAAUCAUGCUGGCGAAGCUACCUGACAUUUAGAAUCAAGGACACCAUCUUUUUAUUCUGCUGGAGUCCAUGGUGAGAAAUGUGCUAUAAAAGGCUUUUUAUGUGUUGUGCAGAAUAAGUGGACCUUGAAACCAGAGUGCUGUAGCGUAUGUGCAGUUGCAUAGAAACCCAGUGUUCGGAAGAUCUCCUUUUUUUAAGCUGCCAUUUUUUAUUUUUAGAUUCCUAACUUAUAUCAGUUUAAUAUAUUUACUACAUUCGCUUCCUUUGUCUGUUAAAUUAUACUAUUAUUGAGUACAUGAUCAAGUUAAAUGCUACAAGUAUUACCUUGAUUUUCAUUGUUUAUUUCUUUUGAAAUGUAGAGUAUCAAAUCUGUUAUGAUUCUUACUGUGAAAGCCCCAAAAGUAAACAU